AUGGUGUUGUAUUAUAUGAACAAACAUGUCUUCAAUAACGAUUUUGCAAGUGUGUCAAUGGCAUUUUUCAACAAAUACCCAAAUCCCUACAAUAAAAAUACAAUAUCGAUUGAUGUGAUACUACGGAGGAUAGAAUCGAACGGUAACCUGUUCAGUAUAAGACUAAUUAAAAAACAAGGGAAAUUGCCCAGCUGGGUGACAUUGUUCAUCGGGGCCAACUCGAACAUCACUGAGUCAUGGAUGAUCGAGUAUUCCACGGUAAACCCGAAGGAACAGACCUUGACGACGCUUAUAAAGAACCUAAACCAUACAAAACUACUCCAAGUGGAAGAACACACCCUAUAUCGGUACAACGGGGACAUGGAGCGUACUUUUGUAAAUAGCAAAGUCAAGUUCUCAAGCGGGUUCAAAUUAGGCAACCACGACAUCAGAAACAAAAUAGAAUCGUGGUCUCAAAACAAAUUCGAAGAAAGCGUACACAGAAGCAGACUUGGGAUGUCUCUUGUCAUGCAAAAGAUCGAGGAAGCUGCCCAAAAUGAGCUUUAA